AGGGCGCUGUAGCGUCCAACGCAGGCCGAUCAUCAGCAGCUUUACCUCACUGCCCUUCCAGCAGCAUCUCACCUUCAACCGGCCUGACGCACAUUCACCGCCGCACCCGAAAGGAAAGGGAAAAGAAAAUAAAUACUCAGGAGAGAAAGACAGCGUCAAACAAACCAACACGGAGAAUCGAGUAACAUCACAGUCGGUGGUUUUUAAUGAUGUAGGCGAUCGUUUUGUGAUUUGACAUCUAAUUUAGCCUGCCUGCCUCUCUGCGACAAGGAACGACCGUCCAGCUGCGCACAAAUAGAUUGCAUCGUCUCUCGGCUUGCCGGGAUAAAACCGUCCAACCUCUCCACGGUCCUCAGAGUCCUUUCGACGUAGAAAGACGAAGUCCUCGCGCACCCCUCGUCGUUUAUUUUCGGAUCAGGCCCAAUCAGCGACGGUUCGCCUCCAGCCUCAGCAGCAUCCCUCAGCUCAGCAUAAAGCAGCAUCCUUCCUCCUCCUUGAAUCUGCGCAAUGGCCGAUAUCCCUGCGGAGUGUAACAUAAAAGUGCUGUGUCGCUUUCGUCCUCUCAACCAGUCGGAGAUUGUACGUGGGGACCAGUUCAUCCCCAAAUUCCAAGGAGAUGACACAGUCCUCGUCGGGGGGAGGUCCUACGUGUUCGAUCGAGUGUUUCCCACCAACACCACCCAGGAGCAGGUGUACAACACCUGCGCCAAGCAGAUUGUCAAAGAUGUUCUGGGUGGAUACAAUGGCACUAUUUUCGCAUAUGGACAAACCGCCUCCGGGAAGACUCACACCAUGGAGGGCAAACUGCACGACGCUCACCAGAUGGGUAUCAUUCCUCGCAUCGCUGAGGACAUUUUCAGUCACAUCUUUGCCAUGGAUGAAAACCUGGAAUUCCACAUCAAGGUUUCAUACUUUGAGAUCUAUAUGGACAAAAUCCGUGACCUUCUGGAUGUGACAAAGACCAACCUGUCUGUCCAUGAGGAUAAGAACAGGGUGCCAUAUGUCAAGGGAUGCACUGAGCGUUUUGUCUCCAGCCCUGAUGAGGUGAUGGAUGUGAUCGACGAGGGCAAAGCUGCUCGCCACGUUGCUGUGACCAACAUGAACGAGCACAGUUCUCGCAGCCACAGCAUCUUCCUGAUCAACAUCAAGCAGGAGCACGUGGAGACUGAGCAGAAACUGUGUGGAAAACUGUACCUGGUGGAUCUGGCUGGCAGUGAGAAGGUCAGUAAGACUGGAGCUGCAGGAUCCGUCCUGGAUGAGGCUAAAAACAUCAACAAGUCUCUUUCUGCUCUGGGAAAUGUCAUCUCUGCGUUGGCUGAGGGCACGAAAUCUCACGUGCCGUACCGUGACAGCAAAAUGACCCGCAUCCUGCAGGACUCCCUCGGAGGGAACUGUCGCACCACCAUGUUCAUCUGCUGCUCUCCCUCCAGCUACAACGACGCGGAGACCAAGUCGACUCUGAUGUUUGGACAACGUGCCAAGACCAUCAGGAACACCGCCUCCAUCAACCUGGAGCUGACGGCGGAGCAGUGGAAGAAGAAGUUCGAGAAGGAGAAGGAGAAGAACAAAACUCUGAAGGAUAGCAUCCAGAAGCUGGAGAUUGAGCUCAACCGCUGGAGAAACGGAGAGGACGUACCUGAGACGGAGCAGACCACGCAAGAAGUGGUGACCCGUUUCGAGACAGUGGAGGAGCGUCCCGUUUUGGACAACGACACCUCCUCCAUUGUUGUCCGCAUUUCCGAGGAGGAGCGGCAGAAGUAUGAGGAGGAGAUCCGCAAGCUGUACAAGCAGCUGGAUGACAAGGAUGAUGAGAUCAACCUGCAGUGCCAGUUGGUGGAGAAACUGAAGCAGCAGAUGAUGGACCAGGAUGAGCUCCUGGCCUCAUCCAAGGGCGAUGGGGACAAGGUCCAGGCUGAACUUGGCCGGCUACAGGUGGAGAGCGACUGCGCCAAGGCUGAGGUGAAGGAGGUGCUGCAAGCUCUGGAGGAGCUGGCCAUCAACUACGACCAGAAGAGCCAGGAGGUGGAGGAGAAAGGCCUCCAGAACCAACUGCUGGCCGACCAACUGUCCCAGAAAAUGGCCAGUCUGAUGGAGCUGGAGGCAGAGCUGUCUCGUAUGCAGGAAGUGAGCGGGCAGCAGAGGAAACGCAUCGCUGACGUCCUCAAUGGUCUGAUGAGGGACCUCAGCGAGUUCAGCACCAUUGUGGGCAAUGGGGAGAUCAAGCUGCCGGUGGAGAUCAGCGGUGCGAUCGAGGAGGAGUUCACAGUGGCUCGCCUCUACAUCAGCAAGAUCAAGUCGGAGGUGAAGAGCAUGGUGAAGCGCUGCCGCCAGCUGGAGAACAUGCAGCUGGAGUGCCACCGCAAGAUGGAGGAGACCGGGAGGGAGCUCUCCUCCUGCCAGCUCCUCAUCUCUCAGCAUGAAGCUAAGAUCCGCUCUCUCACGGAGUACAUGCAGAGCGUGGAGCAGAAGAAGAGGCUGCUGGAGGAGAGCCACGACUCCCUGAGCGAGGAGCUGGCCAAGCUGCAAGACCAGGAUAACUCCCUGCUUGAGGAGAAGGAUGGAGAGAAGGGUGAGAUUGAGGAUGGAAAUGUGAAGCAGGUUCCUCGUCAGCAGGGGGAGUCCCACCGUGGCCUCCAUCACCAGCAGCUGGCCCGCCUGCGGGAUGAGAUCAAUGAGAAGCAGAGGAUCAUUGACGAGCUCACUGACCGUAACUCCAAGCUGGAGAUUGAGCUCGCUCAGGUUCGUGCUGACUUUGAGCGCCUGAAGAGCGAGGACACCACCAAGAGUGAGCGCCUGGAGGAGCUCUCAUUCCUGCAUGAGCGCCAUGAGCAGACUAAACAGGACUUGAGGGGUUUGGAGGAGACCGUCGCCCGCGAGCUCCAGACCCUCCACAACCUGCGCAAGCUGUUCGUUCAAGACCUCACGUCGCGAGUUAAAAAAAGUUCCGAAAUGGAGCCUGAUGAUAGCGGGGGGUCUUGCACCCAGAAGCAGAAGAUUUCCUUUCUUGAGAAUAACCUGGACCAACUUACAAAGGUUCACAAACAGCUGGUACGUGACAAUGCAGAUCUGCGCUGUGAGCUUCCAAAGUUGGAGAAACGACUUCGGUCUACUGCUGAGAGAGUUAAGGCCCUGGAGAAUGCAUUGAGGGACGCCAAGGAGGGCGCAAUGCUGGAUCGCCGUCGCUACCAGCAGGAGGUCGACCGCAUCAAGGAUGCCAUGAGGGCAAAGAGCGCCCUGAGGCGCCCCCACGCAGCACAGAUCGCCAAGCCAGUGAGACCGAAGCAGCUGCCCGUCUGCUCUCCCACCAACCCGUUCUACACUUACAUCCGUGCCACUGAACAAGCCAACACCUACAGCAACGCCCUCUUUCAAAGCAACGGGACACAGCCGAGCGCCGCCAGCGGCAACAGCAACCCCAACUCUGUCCAGAGCAACACAGUGUCCACAGCGCUGGGCUACAGAGCAGGCAGAUACACUGGAGACAUACUGGAGUCCUUCCCACUCAACAUUGAAAACGGUAAUAACGUCAGUGAAACGAGAGACAUCAAUGACAACAGAAGUGAUGUUCACUGUGGCAGCGAGGUGGAUGAUUCAAACAGGCAUUACGUCAUUCAGCAGGAGACCGCUGCAAGUUAAUGCCAUGAAGAUGACCAAACACUGUACCCGUCCAAGGACCCUCCCCUCCCAUCUGCAUGCAACCUGUCUCCCCAUCCCUCCACUGCAUCACUGAUGAAGAUGAUGAUGAAGAUCUGUAGCCCCUAUAGUCAUCAAACUUAAUGAAGCCCCUCCUACGGUGACCACCCUCCGGUUUGAGGUCCAGUCCCUUCCAGUUCAGUCAGUACAGGAAGUAAAUUAAAUCAUAAUUUGUUUUUCCUUUUUUGAAUACAGAAAUGCCUCUUAACCAACUCAUCGAUCAAUCAAUUUGUCACCAGAUAUCACUGAUGCUGAUUACCUGCUUAUGUGGUUGAACUGAAACAGGGCUGACUCCAUCCCUGAUGACUUAGGACACACAUGUUGUAAAUAAUAGUGCUGUAUACUCCAGUAGAGGGUUUCUGACCAGCAACUGUUUGUUUGAAUGCACACCGUCCCCUGCACACAUCUUCUUCAGGGCAUCAUGCGGAUGACAUACUGUAGGCAGGCGUGACCUUUUUCUCUGUCGUAAAUAAGAGCAUAUGUGUGUAACGCCAGCUUGUAACAGAAGAUCCACACACUGCAUGCAUGUCGUGUAGCGGGUUGGCUUUCAAAUAUUUGCAUGUUUCCUGAUUCCAGUCAGGAGUUGGUAUGCUGCGAGUGAACAGUCUGAUCGACUUCGACAGAUGUCAUAGAGAGACAGAAAGAGAGAGAGAGAGAGCUGGUUUUCCCUAAACCUGAUCAUGGUCGCCGUGCUUUAGAUUUUCUAUUUGAAAGUAGAACUGGGCUGUUGUGUUAGUGUGUCUUAAAUACUGGAAGAAACGACACAAGACACAUCAGGGUCUAGUUUUAAUUGAAUAGAAGAUGCAACAUGUGUCAGGGAAACCCAGCCCAGACUUAACAGUCUAUGUCAAGGAAACCUUUUGUUAAUUGCUUUGAUACUGUGAUGUUGCAGCUGUGUGAUGCCAUUGUACAAGUCAGGUAAUGCUGCCCACAUCCAUUUAUUGUGGCUUUCUCCCUGCUUUGCGCCGACACCUUGUGAGUCUUCAUACCGAGCCUUAAUAAGAGCUGACUUCUCAUGAUGAUCAAACUAACACGCUGUCAUGUGCAUACAUUUGUAAUUACUACCUCUAGAGCUACUCAUUAUAUGCUUAUUACAGUAUACUAACAUCCUUUCAAACGCUCAAUAGGAACGGAUCUGAAAGUUUCUAGAAAAAGCAGCAACUUUAGUACACCAAUAGCUGUAAGUGGAUUUAAAAAGCUGUUAUUAGAGCAGUAGUUAUGUUCUCCUGAAGUUCAUUCAGACACAGAGUUCUCCUCCAUCAUGUAAAAGGAUCAGGACAUGGGCUGAAAAAGUGCCUGCAAAAUGCUCUAGUGCAGCAGAUGACCAGAAAGUUUGGGUUUAUCACAUCAGGACAGGUCAUACUACGUUGAUAUUCAAAUAUUUUCCAAAAAUGUCUGAUGCUUGAUGCAUUUUCCUAUUUGGUACCUAGUAAGGCUGAAAUGAUGAUGAUCCUUUGUCUACGAAUCUAAAGUUACAUUAUUAAUAUACUGUGUGAUCUAAAUUUAAAAACAGAAGUGAAGUACCUUUUAGUCUGCAUGGAAUUUAUUCAGUGAUUAAGUGCUUUUUAAUCAGAACCAUCAGAAGUCCGAUGAUUAGGGAGUGUCUGCAAACCAGUCCCCCAGCUGAGCAGCCACCAGUCUGGGAUGGACUGACAGAAGCUUGAAGUUUGUAGCUUGUUGUCGAGUCGUGCUGUUUUUCUUCUGUCACAAAUCCUGACCAGCCAAUCAGGAUAGAAGAAACCAGCAAGUCUCAGGUGGGUGACGAAGAUAUGGAUGUGUUUGGACAAAGCUUAGUCACUGAAUUGAAGGACAGAUUAGACCAAAAGUGUGUCGCAAAAAAAUCUUCUAUGUUGAAAAAUGAUAAAGUUCAGUGUACUUCAUUGCAUGACUGGACUUAGCCCAAGUAGGACCCAAGUAUGUUCAGUGAAGGUUGUCUGAUCCUUAGCAGCCUCAUUCAUGACAGGUCUUUGGCAUUAACAACAUCUCAGGGCUUCACAUUCAGAAUCACAGCCGCCAUGGGUCAUCACCACUGUCAUCCUCAUAGCGCUUAGCAGAUGGAAGGGAUCUACAGAUCUUACUUCAUUUUAUACAUAGUGUAUAAAAUCUCCAUUCCAGCAUGUGACAUCCCAAAAAAAAAAAUCCCUCUGGUCAGACCCUACUGUACGUGUCCAAGCAAACCCUCUAUUUGACAUCAUGUUUUAAAUGUAAUAAAUGAAUCUAAAGGAGGGGGCACUGUGUAAUAUAUUGUCACCUUCUGUUCCACUGUCUGAUUUCAACAUAUCUAAAAAUACAUGUGCUAUAUAUUGUUAAUCUUGUAAGUAAAAUAGCGUGCCAUGACAUGGUAAAAUGCAGAAGAAAGGUACACGCUAACUUUGUUCAGAGAAAUGUUUGUUUGAUUUAUUUCCGUAUGCCUAUACUGUAGCGUCAACAUGAUUAUGUGAAGAAUCACAGUUCUGUAUAUAUAGGCCCAUCACUAUGCUGUAUUGUAUGUGAACCAUUGUGUUGUAGUAAAAAGUUCAAUAAACUUGUAGAAAGAA